AUGCCAAAUGUUUCUGAUAACUAUAUUUCAGCAUUGAACAACCAAAUGAUAAUGAAAGAACUUUCGUAUGAUCGGGCUACCUUAAAAAAGGAACUUGCAUCUUACUUAAAAUCUUUAACUGAUGAACAGCUAAAAGUGUAUGAAACCGUCAUGAAUGCAGUUGCUAAAGGAAGUGGAGGUGUUUUCUUUGUAUAUGGUUACGGUGGAACUGGUAAAACAUUUCUCUGGAAAACAUUUGCAGCUGCCUUACGUUCCAAAGGUGAAGUUGUCUUAAAUGUUGCAUCCAGUGGUAUUGCAUCACUUCUAUUAGAUGGCGAUAGAACGGCUCAUUCCAGGUUUGUAAUUCCGAUAAACGUUAACGAGGAUUCCAUAUGUUCUAUAGAACCGAACAGUGAGCUAGGAGGAUUAAUAAAAGAAACUAAGAUGAUAAUCUGGGAUGAAGCACCAAUGACACAUAAGCAUUGUUUUGAAGCUCUGGAUAGAACAAUGAGAGAUAUAGCACGUUCCAAAAAUCCAUCCUUGCAAAGCAAGCCUUUUGGUGGAAAGAUAGUUCUUUUUGGCGGUGAUUUUAGACAAAUCCUUCCAGUCAUUCCAAAAGGUACCAGAAGCAUGAUUGUAAAUUCUUCAUUCAAUUCUUCUUAUAUAUGGCAGGAUUGUCAAUUACUCAAGCUAACUGAAAACAUGAGGUUAAAAGUUGGUAAAAAACCAAGUAAUCUUCAUGAGAUCAAGGAAUUUGCUAAAUGGAUUUUACAGCUUGGUGAUGGUCUACUUGGUGGUCCAAAUGAUGGAGAGGUGAAAAUUGAAAUUCCAGAUGAUCUACUUAUACUCGAUCAAGUCAAUCCUAUAUCUUCAUUGAUCUCAUUCACAUAUCCGGAUAUGCAAAACUUUUUGUUGGAUUCAAAUUACUUCCAACAAAGAGCCAUUCUUGCUCCCACAAAUGAAGUUGUUGAUUUAAUAAAUACAAAAUUGUUAAAUAGUAUGGCUGGUGAAGAGAAGAUAUAUCUCAGUUCGGAUAGUUUAAGUGAGUGUGAGCAACAAACCGACCUUAACAUGGCAUUGUUUCCUCCGGAUGUGCUAAACAAAUUGCAUUUGUCAGGAUUACCUAACCAUAAAUUGGUUCUCAAAGUUGGAGCUCCGGUAAUGUUACUUAGAAACAUUGAUCAAACAAAUGGUUUGUGUAAUGGUACACGGAUUCAAGUAACAAAACUUGGAAAACGUGUAAUCGAAGCAAAGAUUAUUACUGAAAAUAAUACAGGUCAUCAUACUUUAAUUUCAAGAUUGAAAAUGACACCGUCCGAUAAAAGAUUACCGGUGAAAAUUGCACGAAGACAGUUCCCACUAUCUCUAUGCUUUGCAAUGACCAUCAACAAAAGCCAGGGACAAUCACUUGAACGUGUUGGCCUAUAUCUUCCACGUCCGGUUUUUAGUCACGGACAACUAUAUGUUGUUGUUUCUCGAGUAAAGAGUAGGAAUGGUUUGAAAAUCUUGAUAUGUGACAGCGAAAAACAAGUGUGUAAAACCACAACUAACGUGGUCUACAAGGAAGUUCUUCAAAACCUAUAG